GAAUCCUGAAUUCCUGUGUCAGAAAAAGCAUUCACAUUUUCAGGGAACUGGGGAAGCGUAGAUUCACAGCUGUUCGUCGGCCAUCCAUCUUCUUCACAGUCUAACGCCGACGACGAAGAACGGAACUAUGCUAUUGCAGUGCACGACAUCCCAGAGUUUCACACCUCUAUCCUCUCAUACCUCACGCCCAAGAACCAGUUUUGUUAGGUACCCAAGAAAGCAUUCUAAAUUCACUUGCUUUCUUCAUGUGGGUCUCGAUGAUGUUGCUCAAAUCGCCCAUAACAAGGUUCUUAUAGCAGCUGGUGUGGCUGCGGCAAUUGGGCAGCUCUCCAAACCAUUCACUGCUGUCAUUCUUUAUGGGAGAAAUUUCGAUUUCAAGGCUGCUUUCCAGGCCGGUGGCUUCCCUUCUACCCAUUCCUCUUCUGUUUUGGCUGCUGCAACAACUCUUGCCCUUGAAAGGGGUUUCUCGGAUUCCCUCUUUGGCCUGACGGUGGUUUAUGCUGGCCUUGUCAUGUAUGAUGCCCAGGGAGUAAGAAGGGAAGUCGGAAAUCAUGCGAGGGCACUGAAUAAAGUCCUUCCCAAGUCUAGUAUUAACUCAAUUGCCUCCAAGGAUAAAGAUGGUUUCAUUGAUUUACAAAGGGGAACAUCGUCAACCUUAAAUAUGGCGAGUCUAGAUCCUCGUUCGUCAACCAAUUCCAUGAAAUCUCCACAAUUAGUUACAACUGAACAACGAGCAAAGCAAACUACUAGGUUAGCAGCUAACUAUGAUGAAAGUCCAUUAAAAGAAUCCAUUGGACACACUGAGGUGGAAGUUGUAGCGGGGGCAUUGUUAGGUUUUCUUGUUAGCUUGGCAGUGUAUGCUGUAAUGUGAUGUUGUACAAUUUACCAUGAUUUUUUUCACCACAAUGCCAAAUAAGGUUUGUACUUUUUGGAUGGUUUCUCGACUCUUUAGGCUGCUGCCAAGUAUAAAGCAACCAUGUUGCAUGAUUCCCACGUAGCAGAUCAACUCAUCAUACUUGUCCAGGUUUCAUUGGCAUGAAUGCCACGCGGAUUCACUCACAGAAACCUCUCUAGAUACGGAACUGACUCACCUCCACAAAAAUCCCUUCCCUGUACAGAUUAAAUACAAAGGAUUGGUAAUGGUACAGCCAUCAAUAGAUCAGAAGAAGGAAGGAAAUAACGAGGAGAAAGAUGUCUGGAGCACAGGGAGCACAGCCGAAGGAGUCAAAGACAGCAACUGUAUACGGAUCAGUGGAAGGAGGAGAGAACAGGACCAAGACUGACCUUCGUUCCAAAGAAGACCAGGGCGGAAUUCAGGUUGAUAGGCUGGACAACAAAGUGGAAGAUGCUGCCAGUAAGGGUGGUCCUGUCUUUGGUGCUGGCAAAGAUGAGAACAAGCAAGACUUGGGUGUUACUGGCACUGCCUAGCUGAGCAUGCAACUGCUUCAUCUGUUGUAUGUUUUCAUCUGAAUGGAGCUUUUCUUUUCUAUAAUGGUGUCACUGGCAUAUGUAAAUGUAAAGUAAAAUAACUCACCUUUUUCCUACUUUUAAGUGUAAUUUCAUUAGAAUAACGAAAAAAGUGUAAUUUCAAUUCGUCAUACUUCAUAGUGCCCUUCACUUUUGGGUUGAACCUCAACUUGUGUUUGUGGACAAGAAAGUUGCACGUUUCCACGAGACUUGUUGGAACAAAAGUCUGGAUACUCAUAUUUUCCAAAUAAAAGUGUGAUUUCACU